CCUUGCCUUGCCGAGUCACAACGCCUGUGCUGAAUCGAGCCAUAUUUGGGUGCUUCAGUGCUUCGGUGCUCUAGAGUCACACCGCUGAGAUCGUCGUCCUUUUCUCGUUUCUUUUUCACCAGCGGUGGCUUGCUGGCCUGUCCAACCAGCCGAGCCGACAGCCGACGCACCCGACUGGCAGGUCAACCGGAAAGGACAAGCCGGAGAGGGCAUAUGAAGUCCUCGCAGCGCCGAUCCGACUCAGCUGCGCCUCUGCCCGACCCUCCCGACCCCCAGGGCCAGCAGUCAUUCCCGCUUCGCAGCCUAGCCCCAGCAAGCGACAGCUCACGCCCCACGCCGCCCGCUCACACGCCCUGCGCCGCUGGCCCCCUCCUCCACCAAGAUCCCACAUUCGAUGCACCACACGGUGCCCACGCGGGCCGGCCGUCGUCAUCUGAAGGCACCUCGGCCCAUCCCCCAAGCCCCUCUAAAGCUACCGCCGACGCUGCUGCUCGCUGCGAACAGCCCGCUCUUCCCAUCGCCUCCCAUGGCAAACGCCCUGCACCUGAAGAGGAGAACGUGCCGGCCGACGCCGACGCCGACCACAACUUCCGCUCCGCCGCCGCGACGACGCCCGAGACAGCCACUCCGUCCAUGAGGCGGUCCACCCCUUCGCUCCGGGACGCCGCCGAGUUCCGGAGUAAUGCAUACGGCGCCGUCUCGGUCGAGAACGGCGCGUCGCCCAACACGGGCCGCGCCCCUACCCGCAGCCCGGAGCGGCGGCGCAAGUCGGAGGACCUGGGCCGGCUGGCGGGACGGCGCUCCGGGGAAGAGCUGGGCGCUUCGUCGGUGCUCGGAGGACUCCAGGGUCGCUUCGGCGUCACCGAGGGCGCCCUACCAAGCGAUACCAAGCUUGGCGCCGACAGCAGUGACGAUGACGACGAUGAGAGUGUGCCCCUGGAGCCGGGCGACGGCGCCGGCGAAUACGACGAUGACGACCUCGAUCCCCCAGACAACUCUCCCUACGCUCAAGUCCGGGCCUCGGUUGCGCCCGUGGACAACACGUCGCUCUCGAUAAACACCCCGCGCAUGUGGUUCCUAUCCACGCUCUUCUCCAUGCUCGGCUCCUCCACCAACCUCUUCUUCUCGCUGCGGUAUCCCAGCGUCUCCAUCACACCCGUAAUAGCCCUGCUCCUGGUCCACCCCCUGGGCCUGACGUGGGACUACCUGCUCAAGCGCAAGGGCGACCCGUCGGAGGAGUUUGUCGACGGCUCCCGCGUUGCCUCGGACAGCCCCGCGUCGCCGCGCGAGGCCCGGCUGCCUCAGAGCCGGGCGCGCCGGCUACGGCUCUGGCUCGCCCAGGGCCGCUGGAACGAGAAGGAGCACAGCUGCGUCUACGUUAGCAGCAACGUGUCGUUUGGCUUCGCCUUUGCCACGGACGUCAUCGUCGAGCAGACCAAGUUCUACAAACAGGACGUCAGCAUCACCUACCAGCUGCUCCUGACUCUGUCGACGCAGAUCCUGGGUUACACCUUCGCCGGGCUCACCAGGCGCUUCCUGGUUCGCCCCAGCGGCAUGAUCUGGCCGUCCACGCUCAUGUCGGCCGCCAUGUUCACCACCCUCCACAAGGAGGAGAACAAGCCGGCCAACGGCUGGACCAUCAGCCGCUGGAACUUUUUCUAUCUAGUCUUUACGUGCGCCUUUCUCUUCUACUUCCUCCCGGGCCUGCUGUUUCCGGCCCUCAGCUACUUCAACGUCAUCACCUGGUUCGCUCCCAAGAACGUGGUCGUGGCCAACCUCUUCGGUGUCGUCUCGGGGCUGGGCCUGUUCCCCUUGACGUUUGACUGGGCCCAGGUCGCCUACAUUGGCUCCCCUCUCCUCACGCCCUUCUGGGCUGCCAUGAACGUCGUGGGAGGCCUGGUGGCGGUAAUGUGGAUCAUCGCCCCCAUCGCCUACUACAGCAACUGGCUGUAUUCCUCCUACAUGCCCAUCCUCUCCGCAUCCGUCUUUGACAACACGGGCAAGAUCUACGAUGUCAGCAGGAUAUUGACGCCCGAUUUUGUCUUUGACGCGGACGCCUACAAGAACUACAGCAGGGUGUUCCUCCCCAUUACGUACGUGCUGAGCUACGGUGUGCAGUUUGCCGGCCUCGCGGCACUACUGACGCACACGGCAUGCUGGCACGGCCGAGACAUCUGGACACAAUGGACCAAGUCUCUCCAGGAGGCGCGGCACGAGUCCAAAGCCCCGGUCGUCUACCAGCCCCUGGCCGGUGCUCCGGCAGCAGAUGGCGCGGCGAACGCGGGAGCCCGCGACGGCCCAGGUGUCAGAAUUCGACGUGAGGCCUCGAUUGGCAGUUCUGCAGGUUUCGAAAACUUGCUGAGCCGCGAGGACGUACAUAACCGCCUGAUGAGGCGAUACAAGGACGCCCCCAUGGCCUGGUAUCUCAUCACCUUCAUCUCAAUGACGGCCAUUGGUAUCUUUGUCGUCGAAUACUACCCUAUCCACCUCCCGUGGUACGGCCUGCUCCUGGCUCUGGGCAUCUGCAGCGUGCUGUUCAUCCCAAUCGGCAUCAUAAUGGCGGUCACGAACCAGCACAGCAGCAUCUACCUGAUCUGCCAACUCGUCUGCGGCGCCCUCUUCCCCGGGCGCCCCGUGGCCAACAUGGUUUUCGUCACGUACGGCUACAUCUCGUCGGCACAGGGCAUCAAGUUCGCGGCGGACCUAAAGCUGGGCCACUACAUGAAGAUCCCGCCUCGGAUCCUCUUCAUGGUGCAGAUGGUGGCGACCAUGGUGUCGUCGCUGACGCAGAUCGCGGUGCUCAACUGGAUGUUUGCCAACAUACCCGGCAUCUGCACCCCCGAGGCCCUCAACGGCUUCACCUGCCCCAUCGCGCGCGUGCACUUCAAUGGCUCCAUCCUGUGGGGGGUCGUGGGGCCGCGCGAGUUCUUCGGCGUGGGCGCCACCUACCGCCCCCUGGUCUGGUGCUUCCUGCUCGGGGCCGUGGCCCCCGUCCCGCUGUGGUACUGGUCGCGCGGGAGGAAGGACAGCAUCGUGCGCAAGAUCAACCUGCCCGUGCUACUGGGGUCGCUGAGCUGGAUCCCGCCGGCGACGGGGCUCAACUUCUCCGUGUGGGCCGUCGUGUGCUUCUUCUUCAACUACCUGCUCAAGAACCGCGCCACGGCCUGGUGGGCAAAGUACAGCAUGACGCUGAGCGCCGCCCUCGACUCGGCCCUGGCCUCGGGCAUCGUCGUCGUCUUCUUCACCUUUAUCUACCCGGGCGUCAUGGACGGCUUCAAGUGGUGGGGCACCGAGGUCUACAAGCAGGGGUGCGACUGGCAGGCCUGCUCGUACAUGACGGUGCCGCAGGGCGGACGCUUCGGGCCCGAUACAUGGUAGAUAACGGGGUUGGGGGUGUUUCUUUUUUUUUUUUUUUUUUUUUGAGUCGAUAUGCUGCGUACCUAUUUAGAGCGCUGAUCUAUCAUCAGGCUAGAUAUUGCACAUGUUUACAACGGGGCUGCCUAGCGCUCUGUGGGAGGGAUGGUGUUUUUUUGUAUUACGUUUUCCUAUUUUGCAUUAGUGUCACCGGAGAUAGAUGGGUCAUCACGCAGCAAACUUGUUUUUUUAGUCUAUUUCAAGGGCAUGGAGGGGAUGUUUGCAUUAUUUCCUAUAGACUUGACGCUGCGAU